AUGAUACUUCCGAUCCAGGCCAGCCAACACAUACCGAAUUCAUCCGUGGUCUGGUGCCGCAUUGGCUUACCCCCAUCCUCGCUUCUCGACCGGAUUAUGACGGAUAACCUGGUCCUUCUCGGUAUUUCGUACUCUGUACUAACCCAUUCCACGGCACUGCACGGCGCAGACCCGAUCCGUACCACAGAGGUGGAUGUGGCAGUGUUACAGAAGUUCAACAUGAGGCAACGACGCAUGCUACGCGGGCACUUGGCCAAGAUCUAUGCCAUACACUGGUCAGAAGACAGCCGGCACCUAGUGAGCGCAUCACAAGAUGGCAAGCUGAUAGUCUGGGACGCGUACUCCGAGAAUAAGGUGCAUGCUAUCCCCCUUCGGUCGUCGUGGGUCAUGACUUGCGCAUACUCCCCGUCAGGAGGAAUGGUGGCUUGUGGAGGACUGGACAAUCUGUGCUCUAUCUACAACCUAAGAGCAAAGGAAGGGCCCUCGCGCGUCAGUCGUGAACUGAGCUACCACAAGGGUUACCUUUCCUGCUGCCGCUUCCUUAAUGACAAGGAAAUAUUGACGUCGUCAGGUGACAUGACCUGUGCUCUUUGGGACAUUGAGAGUGGACAACUGAAGUCACAAUUCAAGGGCCACACAGGAGAUGUCAUGUACAUCUCACUCGACUCAGAUCCCAACACCUUCUACUCCGGAGCUUGCGACGCGCAGGCCAAACGCUGGGAUCUUCGUGCAGGCAAGUGUGUGCAGACCUUCACGGGCCAUGAAUCGGAUAUCAACACCAUCGCGUCCUUCCCGGGCGGCAAUGCAUUCCUGACGGGUUCGGAUGAUGCGAGCUGUCGGUUAUACGAUGUGCGCGCAGACGCCGAGGUGGCAUGCUAUGUGGAUGAGUCCAACCUGUGUGGUGUGACUGCGGUAGCAUUCUCCAAAUCUGGACGAUUGGUGUUUGCAGGAUAUGAUAGUUGCAAUUUUGAGGUGUGGGACACACUCAAGACGAUUAAGACGGCACAGAUCAAGGCACACGAGCGAAGGGUGUCGUGUUUGGGAGUCUCGAAAGAUGGCAUGGCCAUCUGCACAGGUAGUUGGGACAAUACACUGAAAAUCUGGAAUUAAUGUACCUUUAUAAACGGAGAAUGAUCCGUCUCUACAUACGUUUUCUCUAUAUAAAAAACCUGCAAUAAAGUACUGUCACAUUCGCUGACGAAUAUUCUUGGUUGACGGCAUUUGGAGACUUUAUUUAGGGCA